AUGUCCCUAACAGAUAUUGAAAUAAGACAGGUAAAAGAUAAAGUAUUGUUCAGUGAAAUAGAUACUCCAUUUACCAAAUAUGUUGAGGGAGUAAAAAAGGUCACAAAUAUUUGCAACGACCUAUUAUCCGGGAGUCUAGAUACAUCCAAAGAUGGAAUAAACGGAAGUAAUGCAUUUAACGAAAUUACCAUCAAUAGCUUAAGUGAAGCAUCUGAGCUGCACUUCUUAGAAGUUCAAUCAGCGAUUGACACUAAAAAAGUAAGUGUUGAAAAUUGGCAACAGUCUAACGACCAAGUAAGAAAAGAUAUCGAAAAUAAUGUUGGAGAAGUUUUGCCUGAAUUAAAAAAUAUACAUUCUAGACUUAGAAGUAGAAUAGGGAAACUUCAAGCACUCUAUGAUAGUGUAAAAUCUAUUAACCAGGAAUUUAAUACCUUGGCUACGGGGCGAACUAGUUUAGCUGUAUCACAAGAAGAGUGGGAGCAAGAACUUGGUAAAGAUAUAACACAUCAAUUAAUAAAGCAAAAUCAUUUAAAAAUCGAAAGCAGGUACUCCAAACAAGAGAAAUUGGGAGUGUAUGAGGAUUUCUCCAAUGGUCCAAAAGAAGCAAAACGUUUAAAUAUUGCCAUGAAAUCAGAUAUUACAAAAUUGACGAAAGAGAUAGAUUUGUACAAGCACAAAUGGUUAAAGGAUGCAGAUAUAUUCUCAAAGAUAACUAACGUUUUACAAGACGAGCUCUCUAAAAGAGAUGUUCCAUUAAAUGGACCUGAUAUCGAUAUGGAAGGUAAUGAAGAUUCAGAGGAAGAUGACGAAGAUGAGGCAAGAAAUAACGCAGAUGAAGAUCGCUUGAAGAGACAGAGAUUUGACGAAGAUGAGAACAAACACGAGCAUUCCGCUGAAUAUUCUGAUGAAGAACAUGACCAAGUUUCAGAAGCUGUCAAUGUGUCAGAAAGUGAGGAUCAAGAUAUUAUUAUGGACAAUGAGGAAGAUGGCGAAGAAGGGGAUAAGAUUGAAAACGAAUCAGAUGUGUAUGGAACUAAGGAUGCAUCAAUGGAGCAUGAAUUACCAAACGAACUAACCCAAUCGGACGAUAUAGAUGAUCAAACCCAAGAAAGUAGUACAGUUACAGGUGAACAGGAUGAAACAGAAAAUCUGUCUGAGCCACACGUUGAUACGUAA